AUGUCAAGUACAGAUUCAAAACGAACAAGAGCUUCUGGUGAAGUGCUAGAUUUCUUGAUUACUGAAUUCCAAAGAAACCCAAACCCAAACCCUGAGCAAAGAAAAUUUAUUAGUGAUCGCGCCGGGAUGAAUGAAAAGGCUGUCCGGAUCUGGUUUCAAAAUAGAAGAGCUAAAAUUAGAAAGUUUGAACGAUUACUGAAACAAGGAAGUAAUGGUAGCAUUCCUCAACCUCCAUCUAGUUUAUCACUGCGUUCAAGUUAUAAUCGAUAUUCAAGUAUUGGCUCGGGGGAUUUCGGUAGUUUUAGAAUAUCCCAGUCGAUCCCAAUUGAGGUAAAUGAUAAAUAUUGCUUUAUUGACUGUUCUUCACUUUCGGUUGGGUCAUGGCAAAGAUUAAGAACAGGAUAUCAUGAUGAAAGUGUUUUGAAGAACAAUCUUUUAAAUUUAUCUCCAUUUACAUUAAAUUCUUUAAUGCAUAAUGUUGAUUUGUUGGUUUUAUUAUCAAAAAAGAAUUUUGAAAUCAAUUACUUCUUCCUGGCCAUUUCAAACAAUUCAAAGAUUCUAUUUAGGAUCUUUUAUCCUAUCAAUUCGAUCUCAACAUGUUCAUUAUUAGACAAUAAUAUAAAUAAAGAAAAUAAUGAACUAAGAUUAACAUUAAUGCAUCAACCAAAAUUUUCAGUAUAUUUCUUUGAUGGAAUAAACUCAAAUUCAAAUCAAUGGUCUAUCUGUGACGAUUUUAGUGAAGGUCAACAAGUUAGUCAGGCAUAUAUACAGGAGGACGUAAGCACAACAAUUCCUCAUGUGCUAGUGGGUCCAAAGAGUUCAUUACAAUAUCUUAAUCUGUUUAUAUUGGAAAAUAAUCAGGUUUAUACUAAGGUAGUUUCACCACCUGCACCUAUAUCUGUACCAGGUCAAUCGGGACAACAAAUUGUCGGUCAAGCUAAUGAACGUAUACAAGACCCCGCUAAAGCCAAAUACGAGUAUCAAGAUGAGUUGAUAUGGAACGAAAAGCCCGACGCAACAUCUCAAAAUCAAGGACUAUACCCAAUAAACACAGGUCCAUCCUAUUAUAAUAGUAACAAUAUCAACAACAACAAUAAUGACAAUAACAACAAUGCCAACCGUAACACAGCCAACCCCGCAACUGCUUCUUCCAACAAUACAAACGGAGGAGACAAUUCGCCAUUCUCCAUUCACUCCAACCCUCACCAUUACCCUUCUGAAGCCACAUCACCUCCAUCCUCGACUCAACUACGCGCAACUACUGGCCCAUUUGACAACCUCACAGAUACCAAUCCACAACAACAACAACUAAUGCGCAACUCAGCCCCAACGCCAGAUAUUUUCAGUACGUUAAGUGAUGGCGCCCAUAAUGAAUACUCAGUUACCUCGGGUCAGACUCCUUCCGCCGCUGCAGCUGGAUUAUUUAUGAAUACGAACGAUAAUGAUUCUUUAAAUAGUCCGUCAAUGAAUCAUAUGGGAAAUAAUCAUGCAUAUACUCACCAGACAUAUUCUGGAAAUAAUGAUCUUGUUACCAACGAUGAUUUCCAUCUUGGGUUGGGUGAGUUUGGUGGACUAGGAGAGAGUGCAAACGGGACUGUUGUUGGUGCUGGUGGAACGUCACAUCUGGGUAGUAAUGAGACUGGAGUAGACAGUUUUAUUGAUUUUGGAGGCAAUUAUCCGUAG